AUGCCAUCAUAUGAUAACUGGUUUUGUCACGGAGAGACUCUAGAGCGAUUAGACAAUACCGAAGUAAAUAAUCAGAAGCAGGCAACUGUAAGAGGUGAUGAUAUGAGAGGAAUGAUACAUGAUGCCUUUGGAGGUUGUACGGAGUUUAUAGAUAGUGACAUCAAUGAAAGAGGUAACUUAGCGACAAGAAAGCCUCGUGGUCCUACUUUACUAAAAGAUGUUUGGAAGCUUCCUCCCGGAAAGACAAUUGAUGUGUCGUUUAAUAGUCGUAACCAAUCUAUUGGGAAAGAGGGGCGAAAGCUUGCUAGCUUUCUAGGAAUUGUUGCAAGAACUCUAGAAUUAACACCUCUAAAUGUAGAUGAUUGGAGAAACUUUGACAACGAGCAAAAGAAGAAAUUGGUGGAUUUUGUAAGGAAGAAGUUCUCUUUUCCAAAAUGUGGAGAAGCGUUUGUCUUAAAGUCACUAGGAAUGAAAUGGAAAGACUACAAGUGUGAAAUUAAAGGUGAGUAUAUGUCAAAAUAUAAGACUAAAGACUCUUUGCUGAAAAAUAGACCAAAUCGCAUACCGAGAGAUCAAUGGAGUGGUCUAGUCUCUUAUUGGCUUUCUGAUAAAGCAAAGAGGCGUACCCAAGCAAAGAGAAACAAUAGGGCCAAUCAAAAGAUGCCUCACACAGGAGGAUCCAAAAGUAUUGCUACAUUGAUGCAUGAACAGGCUGAAAAUGGAAUAGAGCCUACACGAGCAGAAAUUUUCUUAUUAACUCAUAAAAAACGUGUGGAUGGUAGACCACUGGAUGAUGAUUCUGCCAAGGCAAUCGACAUGAUAAAUGAAAGGAUGACCAAUAAUGAAAGAUCUACCGACCAACCUCCUCACAAUGUUGCUUGGGAAGGUGAUGUGUAUUCUCAAGUGUUGGGAAAUGAGAAAAGUGGGUAUGUUCGUGGUUUAGGACUUGGUCCAACUCCUUCAGUUCUGUGGGGUAGUAAAUCUUCAGUAGAAAAUAUUGUUGUAGAAGAUUCAUCCAAUGAGGCUGUACAAAGGUUAGAACAAGAAAUAACUAAGUUAAAGGAAAAACAAAAUGAAGAAAUGGAUCUGAUGAAGCAAAAUCAUGAGAAGCUACAAUCAGAAUUACUCCGAAUGAGACAAUUCAUGCAAAAGUAUGCUCCUAAUGAAUCUUUUCCUCAAGAUAUCAAUGACACCUCAAAUGAACAGGUUCCCAACCAUAAUAGCGGUCAAGGAGUACCACAAUCAUCAAGGAUAUCUAGUAAUGCUGAAAUUACUCUACCUCAUGCUUCAGAUGGGAGUUCCUGA